AUUUACAAAAACCACUAGCAAUUUGAAGAUAUACUCAAAUAUAGUUGUUUUUGAAAAACUAGUGUAGACAAACAGUUUGGUGCUUCGUAUGAGUGUUCCAAAAGGUUUUGCAAAUCCUUUCAAUUACCAUGGCGAUGUUAACCGGCAAGAGUCUCCGAGCAGUAAUUCUGCUCUGCGCAUUCUCGCAAAAUUGGUGUCAAAAUUCUACGGACCUUCCAAUGCAGGGCAACUCAACCACAGAACUCAUACCCACCCAAUCUCCGAACAUGACCAAUACCAAAAACUACGAUUACCUGAUGAAGGUGUUGUUCAACAUUCAGGAAAAUAAGAUAGCAGAUUUCUUAGUAAACACCACGUUCACUAACAUGCCAAAGAAUGUUAUCACUGUCAGUGAUAUCGUUCAACUUUAUGGCUUAGGUAAUAUAAGCCUGUGUUCUACAAACGCCGCGCUAGUAACUUUAAAUAUAAACCCGGCCAACCUCCUCAGCAUUAACGGCUUAGAAGUAAUUCUGAAAGAAUUCCAAAUCACGUUCAAAAAUUUCUAUGAAGAGAUUUUUUCCAUCAAGUUGAAUAUUUCCGGGCUUCCACUGAGGAACUUUAUUACAGCGCUUGGUAUAAAUAAUGGGGAGUUCACAAGCGCCAUGAGCUACAACGAUCCAGAUCCAUUUGAAGAAUUCAAAAAGGGAAACUUCUCUAAGGAAUCCAUCGAUGCAGCUCUCAACGGAACGGGAAAAACUUUAGAGGAUUUGUUUGCAGCCUGUAGGGAUAUGUUUCUUUCCAAGGUGGUUACGCUGGAAACUGAUGAACUUUUAGGGGUUUUGAAAAAGUAUGACUUUGCGCAAGAGAAAGCAGUUCAACUCUGGCACUACUUGAAUAUAUCAACUGAAGAUGUAAAUGCAAUUCCAGUAUUUGAAAACCUUUUGGCACAGGCUAUUUAUGAACUGAACCAAAAAACUUAUUUAGGAGUUCUGAUGAAAGAAAGAAGCAUUGCCAUCAACAAAAAGGUGUUCGACCUCUGGAAAAAUCGACCUAUGUCAAAGAUAUAUGCGCAAUCAAUUGAUAAAUCUAUUACGUUAGAAAUUGAACAAAAGCAGUUACCUUCAAGGUUCAACAACAUAAUCAUUCUCGGAAUAAAUGGUAUUUACAAUGGAGCAAUCGCUGAUGUGGGAACAACCCCAAAACUAAUCAGAAACUGUACAUUCAUCACCUUGCAAAAUGGCACUGUGGUGUCAAUGGACGUGCACGUGGCAAACUAUGUUUUCCCAAAUUUCGAAAUCACUUCAAAUUUAACAGAGGCAGAAUUUGUCGUAGGAAGUCCGUUAAUUUGUCAGAAUGAGAUAUAUGGCCUUGCUGCAGAGUUACUCGAAUCGGACACUGUGGUUUUUGAAUCUUUCAUUAUCAAGCCUCAUAUGACAUCAUCAGCUUUAAGUAAAGUGUUCAAUAGAUGUCUAGUACUUGUCAGUAUUAUAGGUUUACACUUGAGUUAUUAAUGAAAAUGGUAUUUCAAGAUUAAUAAAGGUGUGUAGAGUAGGAUCAAAGUUACCCUACAAAAAUAUUUUAAACAGUUGAUUAGCCAAAAAACUAUUAGAUUUGUCUUCCUUACACAAAUUAAAAUUAUGUACCUUCAUUCAUUUGGUCAAAAAUAAGCUCCAAGGACUCAAGGAUUUGUAAAUAUCAAUUACAAAAUUAUUCAAAACUCUCUUGAGUUUAUCUCAAUAAAUAUUCAGAAUGCUCAUCACUCACUGUUUAUUGAUGGAAUAAAUAUAAUAGUACCUAAAAAGUAGUUCAGAAAAACCCAACUGUGUUUUCAACUGAGUUCACGUUGCAGCAAGAUGAGGCAUCUUCUCAUUAUAAUAGGCUGGAGGCUGGUUCAAGUGUAUCCUUCAAAGGAAAUUUGGGAAAUAGUAGAUAAAUACAUAUUUUAUUUUCCUUCGAAUGUUAUGAUACAACAAAAAUAUAUAUGAAGACACCGUGGGAAACAUCAGAACCACAAAUGUUCAUAAUUUUAAAUCAAUAUAUGUAAAAAAUGUUAAAACAUUCUACAUUAGAACAUAUACUUGAGACAAAAUAAAAUAUAAUUAGAUAAUUAAAAUUC